GGGUUAGUAUAUAUGCAAAUUUUGGUUCUCUGUUCUGAAACACAGGCAUACAUUUUUGAGUCACCAAGAAGCCUCUUCAUUUCCUGCUUCUUUCCUUUUAUUCCUUUUAUUUUCCGGGCCGGCCGGCGGGGGCAAAAUGGUCAGACGGAAGGUUGAGGUGGCGAGGAUCGAGAACGCGACGAGGCGGCAAGUGACCUUCUCCAAGCGGCGAAUGGGAUUUCUGAAGAAGGCUCACGAGCUUUCUGUGCUCUGCGAUGCCCAAGUCGCUUUGAUCAUUUUCUCCCAGAAAGGAAAGCUCUACGAGUUCUCAAAUUCCAGCAUUGAUCAAGUAAUAGAGAGAUACCGUCAACGUGUAAAAGAAACUCGUGUCAACAUCGAGGAUUCUGCGCAGAACAUUGAGCGUCUCAAGCAAGACACAAAUAUGAUUGCAAAGAGAAUAGAGCUCCUCCAAGAUGCUCAACGGAAACUUUUGGGGCAAAGUUUGGGAUCAUGUUCUAUGGAAGAACUCCAUGAAAUUGACAAUCAGCUGGAGACGAGUCUUAAUAAUAUCAGAAACAGAAAGGCUCAAGUAUAUAAGGAGAAGAUUGAAAACCUGAAAGCCAAGGAGAAACAUCUGCUACAAGAAAAUGCAACACUACGGAAGAAGUGUGCUAUAUGGAAAAAUCAUCAACCACAAACGACACAGCAAAAGGAGAUUGUGGAAAGGGAGCAAAGUUGUGGGGUGGAGACCGAUUUGUUCAUUGGCCUUCCAGUAGCUACUCGCUGGUCAUAGCUCCUGCUUUAUUUGUAGUUUAAUUAUAUAAGUCAAAUAGUCAAUCCAGCCUCUCAAUUUCCUAGUAAUUUAGUCAAGUAUAGCAUAUUAUAUAUCCUUGUGAAUAAGAUGUAAAACAAAAUGUUCGAGCACAUUUAUCCACUGUGGACUAAUGAAGCUGCUUAUAUAAAGGUGUAC